CGGCUCUGGUGGAAGGAUACAAUUUCGAGCGUCAUUGUUGUGAUUCGGUUAUCGCCAAGCAAAAAUGUCUGCCUAAGGGAAACUCGCAAGUUACAUAGUGGAUAUUUGCAAAAUUUAAUCGCAAAAGAUACCGAUUUCAUUAUCUUUCCGACCCGAAACAAGGAAGCCUUCGCCGUCAUCGGCACACCCGAUCGCCCUAGUUGGAAUUUUGACAGCAGAAAAGAUUUAGUAAAGGAUCGUAAGGAUGAACCCUCAGCAGCGGAUUGCCGCUAUCGGGACGGACAAGGAGCUGAGUGAUCUGCUGGAUUUUAGCGCGAUGUUUUCUCCACCUGUAAACAGUGGGAAAAACAGGCCGACCACUCUUGGGAGCAGCCAGUUCAGCACAUCAGGUAUGGAUGAAAGGACAAGCCAGGCAUCAUGGGCCUCAGGUGGCCAGUCCAGCCCGUCCUAUGAGUCCUCUAGGGGGUUUGGAGACAGCACUCAUUAUGCUGAUCACUUGAGUGACAGUCGAUUAGUGUCCCAUGAAGGAUUGUCCCCAACACCUUUCAUGAGCUCCAGCAUAAUGGGCAAGUCUGAGAGGCCUCCAUUCUCUGGCUAUGGGAGAGAGCCAGGCGUCUCUGGAUGCCAGCCCAGUCUGAGGUCGGACAUGGGUCUGGCGAGCCCAGGGCCUGUCACCACCUCUGGGAAGUCGCCCACUCCGUUCUACUCUUUUACUGGCUCCAAUCCACGAAGACGCUCCCUUCAGGACUCGGCUUCACUGGAUCCUGUGCAAACAAAGAAAGUGCGCAAGCCCCCUCCUGGCCUGCCUACAUCUGUGUAUGCACCAUCUCCCAGCUCAGAAGACUUCAACAGAGACUCUCCAUCCUACCCGUCCCCCAAACCCCCCGGCAGUAUGUUCGCAAGCACUUUCUUCGAUGGGACCCACAAUUCCCCUGACCCGUGGAACUCGUCCAAUGGGAUCAGCCAGCCAGGCUAUGGGGGAAUGCUGGGAGGAUCUUCAUCUCACAUGCCACAGUCUGGAAACUACAGCAACCUGCACUCACACGACCGCCUGAACUACCCGCCACACUCGGUGUCUCCCACAGACAUCAACGCUAGCCUGCCACCCAUGUCCAGCUUCCACCGCAGCAGUGCCAGCAGCUCACCCUUCGUCACCGCGUCUCACACCCCACCUGUCAACACCGCAGAGGGAGUCAUGGCUGCUGCCAACCGAGGGAAUGCCACUGGAAGCUCUCAGACUGGAGACGCGCUGGGAAAAGCCCUGGCUUCGAUUUAUUCUCCUGACCACACCAGCAGUAGCUUCCCCUCAAACCCCUCCACUCCAGUGGGCUCUCCCUCUCCUCUGACGGCUCAGGCGGGCGCUGCCACAGCAGGUACAGUGGUGACGGCCAGCGGCCCCACAGGAAGGGCAGGUACAACUCAGUGGCCCCGCGCGGCUGGACAAGCACCUUCCUCCCCGAACUACGAGAACUCCCUCCACUCUCUGAAAAAUCGUGUGCACCAGCAGCUUCAUGAGCAUCUGCAGGAUGCCAUGUCCUUCUUAAAGGAUGUCUGCGAGUCUCGGAUGGAGGACCGGCUGGACAGGCUGGACGAUGCAAUCCAUGUCCUGCGGAAUCACGCUGUGGGCUCCACUGCCGCCCUGUCUAGCGACAUCCACAGCCUGUUGGGACAAGCGCACAACGGGCCAAUUUCAGCCAUCGGCACCAGUUUCCCCGCUUCUGGAUUGGUCAGCAACCGAACAGCACAAAUGGGUUCUGUUCACCGCGAAGAGACCGUCAGCCUGAACAACAACCACGGCGGCUUGCAGGCCAGCGCUGGUCCCACCUCCAGCUCGGAGCUCAACCACCAGGCAGAGACGUUCAGAGGAAUCGCUAGCGCUCUGGCCGCUCACAUUGCCCCAUCUCUGGACCUGAAGGUUGAAAAUCAAGAAAAGGAUGACAUGAACGAUAACCAAUCCUCAGACGACCUCAAAUCAGACGACGAGAGUGAUAAAAGGGAUAUGAAACGGGGAAGCACUCGACCAAGCAGUGUAAAUGAAGACGAGGACCUGAACCCCGAGCAGAAGGCGGAGCGCGAGCGCGAGCGGAGGAUGGCCAACAACGCCCGCGAGAGGCUGCGAGUCCGGGACAUCAACGAGGCGUUCAAAGAGCUGGGCCGCAUGUGUCAGCUGCACUUGAAGAGCGAGAAGCCCCAGACCAAACUGCUCAUUCUUCACCAGGCCGUCGCCGUCAUUCUCAGCCUCGAACAGCAAGUUAGAGAGAGGAACCUAAACCCCAAAGCAGCCUGCCUUAAGAGGAGGGAGGAGGAGAAGGUGUCAGGGGUUUCAGGUGACCCCCAGCAAGCCCACCCGCCUGUGCACCCGAGCCUCACAGACACAUCCAACCCCAUGGGCCAUCUGUGAACAGCCAGAUCGAAUGGAUCCCGAUGGCGUGUGUUAGACAGAGUCGGUGACCUUGCUUUCCAUGGGCGGACAGGACUCACAGUUUGUGACACAAAUUUGAAAAGACAGACCACUCGAAGCAAAAUUCCACCGUUAAGCAAUCCUGAGAUAGAAGAAAACUGGCAAGUGCCCAGCUCCCUGUGAAGACAUCCCAUAUCGAUAAGCAACUUUCUGCCCACCAGAGAAAAAAACAAAAUCAAGCAUAAAAUCCCCUCAGCACAUAUCGCUGUCUGCAAGCCGUGUGCCGCAGCUGUACAAUCAGAGACUGUCGACACCCCCUCCACCCUGUACGUGGAAGUUGCCUUGUGCCUAAACUGAAUUGACGAAUGCAUUGUAACAGCAAUUUUUUUCUUUUCUUUGUUUGUUUUUUUGUUUUUUUCUAUUUAUUAUGUUACUGAGCUGUAAGUCUAUGUUUAAAGGGAAAAGUUCUGACAUUGCUAUGAGAAUCUGGUGGCGUUUCAGUAGAUCUGCAGUUUGUCCUUCACAUCAGAGUCAUCAGUGAGCCUCUCUCCUGUCGGUCUGUGGAUGGGCCACUCCGCUCAAACAUGAGAUUAAUAUAUUCGGAUCAAAUUCCUUGCCCUUUGUAAAAGAAUCUGAUGGUGUUUGAACGUUCAAAGACUCAAGGAUCCCUGUGUCUAAAAAAGAAAAAGGAAAAAAAGAAGUAAUAUAUUAUUUAUAUUUAUCGUACAUUCAUUCCGCAAAUGACAGCAUGAGAAACCAAAACUACCUACCGGUAAUUCUUUAUGACGUAUGUUGAUCGUGCAGCUCAGAGUCCUCGUCACAGACGGAAAGUUACGGGUGAGGCGAGAUGGUAUCAGCCUGUGCGU